AUGUCAGGAAUUGAAAGGGCUGAUUCCAUGGUUUGGAACUUUCACAAAAUGUCCAAUGCUCCAAUGCAAUGCAGUUUCCUUGGGGUCAAAGAAAAGGGCCUCCUUGAAAGGUGCAAUUCAACUCAAGUUGAAUACCUGUUUCAAGCCGAUAAAUACUAUGACAGAAAUUUUGACCAAGGCAACAAAACCAUCCAAUGCGGAAAGAAGAUUGAUAAUUUCAAACUCUGGAUGAUGUGGAAGGCAAGAGGAGACCAUGGAAUGAAACAAAAAGUUGAAAGAAUGAUGGAUCUUAGUCAUUAUCUUAUGGAAAAAAUACAGGAGCAAGACGAUUACAGACUUGUUCUACCAGAGUUUGAAUGCACAAACAUUUGUUUCUGGUACAUUCCACCGAGCCUAAGAAAUCAAGAAGAAAAUGACGAAUGGUGGCAAAAACUGUCAAAGGUCGCACCGAUCAUCAAAGGGCGUAUGGUAUCUGCCGGGACCUUGAUGGUUGGUUACCAACCAAUACCAAGCCUGAACAAAGUUAACUUUUUCCGAUUUGUUCUCUGUCAAGAAAACUGUGAAAAGUGUGAUCUGGACUUCAUCGUUGAAGAAAUUCGUCAUCUGGGCGAAGAUCUCUAA